CGAGGCGCAAAGCGACCGAAAGCAGAACACGCGCGCGACUAGCCUCGUCCUGCUGUAAAAAGAACGCCGUGGCUCGGACUCGCGAGAAACUCUGACGUGGAUAUCGUGAAAAUCGCGAUGCAAUCUCUCGUGUGCCCUUGAACAUCAUCGGGAACAUUUAGAAAAUCAUUUGGACCCAACAGGACCAACUUAGCCCAAGGUAUCCAGGCUGAAAACGAAAACUAACAUCGAGGGUGGUGACACUGACGACUGGAGCGCGACAAAUGUGACGGUGCGAUGGAGGAAAACUGUUGAUUAAACGUUCAGACUGAUCAAUUUCAAAUGAAACUCAUCAUCUGAGUUUCUGAUCGAAAUAUACGAUAAAGAAAUAAUCAGACAGAGAUCAGUGAAUCAGACGCUGUAACCAUGAUGUAGAACACGGCACAGCGCGCAAAUGGCGAUGAACCGGAGCUAGGAUGUAAACUGCUGGGACAGUGAAUCAUCAUCUUGGUGAUCGAGCAAGAGAUUCGGCACGAUGCCGAAGCAAGUGCCAGUGGAGAACUUGGUGAUCCCGCCGCAAGACGGUCGGAUCUGCGGGACCAUAUGCAUCUGUCAAAUGACGGCUGUCUUAUCCUCGGUAGCUCUGGUCUACUUAACAGUGGCGAUCUACAUGCCAAGUACGAGAGCUUUUAAAUCAGGAAUCAGCGAGGUACCAGUAAUGUGCACCACGAUACGAGCUGUGAACGCGGACAACUGCGACUGGGGUAGCUGUGGGGAGUGGUGUCUCUCAAAGACAUCCGGUCCCUGCGUCCAGAUCCACGUAAAUCUCCGUAGAAACGGUUCUACGAUUCUACUAGCGAACUGUACCAACACUACCAACAAGACUUGUUACGGUAUCGAUCAGGAGAACGCGAAGAAAUCGAAAUGCAUCGCGGACGAGUGUCGCAACCUGACUGGUACGUUCAAUUGCUCGUCCGGGGUGUGCAUCAACAUAACCGAUGCGUUCGAGUGCAUUUUCCACGAUACAGAUCCACCAAUGAAGUGUUCAGGUAGAAGAGGAAAGAUCACCUGCAUAGACAUCGACGGUCUGUUCAAUUGCAAUCGUGGCACCUGUGAACGGAUCAGGACACCCUACAACUGCGAUCGCAGAUGCGUGGACAUCCCGACCAGGAACAAGAACAUGAUCCUGAUGAGCGGUGACAAGGUGUACCUAAGUCAAUGCGAAAGAGCCAUAGACGUGCAAACUAAUCGAGAAGUCUGGCACGAGGAUCGCGGUGAUGUGAUGAUGGCGUCCUGUUACGGGAUAUUUAAUUCCACCCUGGGCGUUGAAGCUGUAGAUUGCAUCAAUGGCUCUGUUUUAGAGAAGGACCUACUCACUGAUCUAACCAACUUCACAUACCUGUCUUAUUUGAAUAUAUUUGCGACCAAACCAUUGGACGAGACCAGAAUGGUCGCUCCACCUGAACAGGAUCUGAUCAUUGCUAAUGAAAGUCGCCUGCUGAUUAAUCUCGAGGGCUGCGUCAACACCCUAAAGGACGAAUGCAAGGAAUUUCUUCAUGAAUAUGGAAAAGAUGGUUCUGAUCAUAACGCACGCGCCAGAUUUCCUUGUUACUAUGCAGAAGGCAACACUGAUGUGGUCGUGUCUCGAUUCGACUUGGAGAGCACCUAUAAGGAGUUCAUUGUCGCGUUGCUGUUGCCUAGUAUUCUCUUUGUGGUCAGUUGUCUGACGCUGAUCUUUUGUCAGAGGACCGUGGUGGUCGGCGAUGACGCCAAGAUGAGAUUCAAGGGCACUGCUGGAUCCGCACUAGAGAAGAGCGCUUCGGGUAACGUAGGGGAUGCUGGCGGAGGAAACUCUGCUAUGGCUCUCUGAGAUCCGUCACGCAUUCCCCUCCUGGAGGAGAGUCCGGCUCGUCAGUCGAUAUUCUCCCUGCGCGGGCAUUACUAAGGUGUGGGGAGGGGGGGAACGCGUGGU